CUAUCCCUCAAAAAGACAAUUAAUAUAAUCUGACAUUAUCUCGUAGUCAAAAGUUUGUUUAUAUUUUCCUCGCUUGUUUGAUCAGGGUGUUUUUUUUUGCGACGGCUUGUAAUAGAUAUCGCUUAUGGUAAAAUAUUUCUAAUUUUCGAAUAUAUUGUCCUAAUCUGUGUUUUCGAAGCGCGAACGAUGUCAUCGGGUCGAAAGUGUAACAAUUGCGGUAGUGCCGAUAUCGAAGUAGACAGUGCCCGCGGUGACGCCGUCUGUACCAACUGUGGUUCGGUUCUAGAGGAUAACAUUAUUGUAUCGGAGGUGCAAUUCGAGGAGAAUGCUCACGGUGCAUCCAGUGCUGUCGGUCAGUUUGUCGCGUCCGAUUCGAAAGGUGGUGCAACGGCUUACGGUAAGUUUCACGUCGGCACCGGAACAGAAUCUCGCGAAGUUACACUUCGCAAGGCACGCCAAGGAAUCACUCAUCUGUGCCAUCAGUUGCAUCUGAACAACCACUGCAUCGAAACGGCGUGCAAUUUUUUUAAGAUGGCACUAAUUAGACACCUAACGCGGGGUCGACGGAAUACGCACAUCUACGCGGCUUGCGUGUACAUUACGUGCCGAACGGAAGGAACUUCACAUCUGCUGAUUGACAUAAGCGAUGUUUUGCAAAUCUGCUGCUACGAGCUGGGUCGUACCUACCUGAAACUUUCCCAGGCACUGUGCAUUAAUAUUCCGUCAAUCGAUCCCUGCAUCUACAUUAUGCGCUAUGCGAACAAGUUGGAAUUUGCCGAAAAAACUCACGAGGUGUCGAUGACCGCACAGCGGCUAGUUCAGAGAAUGAAGAAGGAUUCGAUCCAUUCGGGCCGACGGCCAUCGGGUUUGUGUGGAGCCGCCUUGCUGUUGGCAGCCCGCAUGCACGAUUACAGCCGUACACCGAACGACAUUGUCCGCAUCGUGAAGAUUCACGAGUCGACCCUGCGCAAACGGCUGGUCGAGUUUGGUGAAACUCCCAGCAGUGCACUGACACUAGAUGAAUUCAUGUCAGUCGAUCUGGAGGCCGAACAAGAUCCACCGGCGUUCAAGGCUGCUCGCAAAAAGGACAAGGAGCGCUUGCAGAAAUUGGGUGAAUCGACUACGGAGUUCAAUCAACUUCAGGCGGAAAUUGAUGCCGCGUUGGAUCGCGAUCUACACAAAGCCAUGAGCCGGAAGCGAAAGUAUAAAGGGGAAGAUAUAGGGGUGGAUGAGUCGCGAGAAACUGAUCAGUUCAUCAAUGAGUGUACGAUUGACGUAAUCAAUCAGUGUUUGGAUGAUGAUCCGGAUGAUUCGGAAGCAGGUACACAAGGUAGCAACCGUAUUAAGGCCGUCGUACCUGAAGGUAUAAAACCAGAUCUGAUGGCAAUGUGUUCCAAUACGGAAGUUCCCAAGGAGGCAUCGAAACCAGAAACCAAAGAUGAUGAUGGGGAUCUGUUCCUGGAAGAUCUGGACGAUGAAGAAAUUGACGGGUAUAUUAUGACGGAGGAAGAAGCUCGCUACAAAGAUAUGAUGUGGAAUCGGCUACAUGCAGAAUAUUUGAAAGAAGUGAAAGAAAAAGAAGACAGAUUAGCGAAGGAGCGCGAGGAAGGGAAACCGGAAAAGAAAAAGAGAAAAAAUCAUCGAAAGAAAACCAUUGGGCCAUCAAAUUCUGCUGGUGAAGCUAUAGAAAAGAUGCUUCAGGAGAAGAAAAUCUCCAGUAAGAUUAAUUAUGACAUUCUGAAGACGCUUACAGACUGUGCUAGUACGAGUGAACAACAACCGGAAACGCCUGUGAAACAAGAGUCAACCGAUAUCGAUGUGCUCUCACGUACACGAAUAAAACCGGAAACGGCACUAUCUAGAAGCGCAAGACCUGUCGUGAAUUUGGCGCUUAAUGGUCGAAGAAAACCAACUGGUACUUUAUUAGUCAUUAGUAGUGUUUCAGAGAACGUUCAACAGAUUGACGAUGAACCACCACCGACACCGAAAGUGGAGCAUGUUGAGCACAUCGAUGACUACGACGAUGAAGCCGAUGUGGAUCCUGAACCCGAGCCGGAACCGGAACAUAAAUCGUUGGCUGAUAUGUUGAAUACGGGUGACGACGAAGACUAUUAUGGCUACGAAGAGGAUUAUUAGGUUACUGCAUUAUGUAUGUCCAUUGUAUCCUAUAAUGGUCGUUUAAGGUAGCAUUUAUCUAUAAAUUAGUACGCUACAUGCCUAUGGUAUAAUAUGAAGGCAUUCUUAUAAACAAAUAAACUGCUAUCGUGUCAACAGAAUUAAAUAACCGAUGUA